UGACGGGCCUUGCAGUCCCUGCGUGGUGAGCGGACGCGGGGCGCCCCGGCGAUGGCGGCGGAGGCCUCCAACCCGGACCCGGCCAGGCCCGACGCCGCCCGCGAUGCCGCCGAGACAGGCCCGACGUUGCAGUACAGCCUCCUCCUGGAGCACCUGGUGGGCGACAAGCGGGGGCCGAGGCAAGCGCGUGCCUUUGACCCGGCCGCCCUGGGCGGCUUCCCGGCGCCGGCCAAGAGCGACGAGCAGAAGAUGAUCGAGCGGGCCAUGGAGAGCUGCGGCUUCAAGGCGACCCUGGCCUGCGUCGGGGGAUUCGUGCUUGGGGGCGCCUUCGGUAUUUUCACAGCUGGCAUUGACACCAACGUGGGGUUUGACCCCAAGGAUCCAUACCGCACACCAACCGCAAGAGAAGUCUUGAAAGACAUGGGCCAGAGAGGAAUGUCGUAUGCCAAGAACUUUGCCAUUGUGGGCGCCAUGUUUUCCUGUACUGAAUGCUUAGUGGAAUCUUACCGAGGUAAAUCUGACUGGAAGAACAGUGUUAUGAGUGGCUGCAUUACAGGAGGUGCUAUUGGCUUCAGGGCUGGCUUAAAAGCUGGGGUCCUUGGCUGUGGGGGAUUUGCCGCAUUCUCUGCCGUGAUUGACUAUUACCUACGAUAGCAGCCGAAGCCAGCAAGGAAAGACUUUCCAGGAUAAGGCGUGCAGAACGGUUGGCACAACCCUCCUCCCAGGAAGAAGGGAUCCUUUUGUGCUUGGUUUCGUUGAAGAUGGACACAUCUCUCCCCCACCUCAGCCUGGAGCCUGCGGGCAGAGUCCGGUCCAGCCAAGCAACGAUCAGUUAUUGAUGGAGAGAGAGAACGAUCGGGAACACCAAGGAUCGCAACACACGCGCUUCGCUUGAUUGCCUCUGUGCGUGCGUUUGGUGCCUGCUACGGAAGCGGACUCGCAGAAUCAUUGCUGCGUUAAGACACAAGAGAAAUGUAAAGAUCUGUCUUAUUCCAGGCAAUUUGAGUUGUUGUGCAGCAACCAAAUAAAGUGAGAACAAAUUGUUCAAA